UUCCUUUCUUUUUCUUUUCCCACGCACACGCCCCUUCUCCACGCGGUCGAUCGCACCCCUCCGAUAAUAAAAAAAAAGGUCCACCCCCCCGUUUCCGCCCCAACCAUGCCCCCGAAGGAAGGAAAGACGAAGAAGGCGAAGAUGGCCGCGGCCAACAACGCCAGCAAGCGCUCAACGAAGAAGUGGAGCAAAGGCCAAACCCGCGAGGCCUUGCAGAACGCCGUGAUGUUCGACAAGGACACCCUCGAGAAGCUCCGCAAUGAGGUCCCGAAGUACAAAUUGAUCACCCCCGCGGUGAUUUCGGACCGGCUGAAGAUCACCGUCUCCCUCGCCGCCGCGGCCCUCAAACAGCUCUGCCGGGAAAGGCAGAUCCGCUUGGUGUCGUGCUCGAGCAAACACCGUGUCUACAGCCGCAUCGUCGUCGCGGAGGCCGCGGAAAAGACCAGCUAAAACGGGAAAUGAGGUGGGAUGAAAUGCAGAUGGAAAAUAUCCUUUAGGGAUUUGUUAUCCUCUUUUACCACCUCUUUCGAUCUGUGAACUCACACGUGUCCUAUUUUCUUGUUAUUUUUACAAUAUUUUUACAUAAAUGUCGAUCUGGAAA